GUGUAUAGCACGUCAACUUCAGAUUACCCAAGACCUAUCGCCAUCCCACUUCCCCGUAACAUCCUCUUAGUUUAUUUAGUACAGCUACGCGAAACAAGCUAGCGCACACACAUCUCAUUUCGCCGUUCGGAAAUCGGAAGCAAAGGGCCAAGGCGGUGCAGCUCGCUUGCUCGCUCCCUGUAAGCAAGAAGAGGAGAGGCGAAGCCGAUGGGAGAUCUGCAGCGCACGGGCGGGGCGCCGCGGCGAGUCGCCGUGCAGUUCCGUAUACCGCGGCGGCCUGCCAAGGCGACGGGCGCGCCGCCUCUGCCGGCGGCUGGCGGGCGGAAGAAGAAGAUGCCAGUGGCGCGGCUCGGCCGCGCACGGAGGGGCCUCUUCGGGGCGGUCCGGCGGCUGCGCAUGCGGUGGGUGGCGGCCGUGUAUCGGCGCGCGCUGCGCCGGCUGCGCGCCUUCUACGCCAGGGCGCUGGAGGACCUCCUCGAGGGCGCGGCCUCCAUCAGCACGCUGCGCGCCCAGGCCGGUGCCGACUGCUCCUUCGGCACCGCCUUCGCGCCCGUCGUCACCGCCGGCCGCCGCUACAACUGACCGCCCUGACCGGUGUCCAUGAAGAAGACGAGAGACGCACUCCCACAUAUCCGGACAACAAAGCCCAGGUAAUUUUAAGUGGGAUGAAAAACAGAGCGGAAGCAGACGUAAAUGAGUGAAGCCACCCAUAAACAUAUGGUGUCGGAGACCAAAAAAAAUGACCUUUUGGGUGUCCCAACCAAACAUCCAAGAGGGCUUAUCGGUGGAGCAUAAUUCUCCAAGCAUUGAGAGAUGUUUGACAAUGUUCACAUAGACUAAGACAUCCCGGGUACAAUAGCAUGGAAGUUUGGCAAGGAUGGAUGCUACCUCUUUGGCAUACAAGAUGCAAUUCUUGGUUGCCACAUCUUCUAUAAUGCCUUUCAUAGUUCGGAAGCCUCGCAAAGCCUCGCACGCCUUUUAAGUGCAAAUUUUCCACAUGGUUGAUCAUGCAGAACCGUGUGUUAGUUGUAGGUAUAUUCUUGGAUCUUCUUUCUAACACCAUGGAUUAAC